CUCUCUCUCUCUCUCUCUCUCUCGAGUAUUGUCAUAGAGUUAUCUCCUAUUUAAACGUACCUAGUAGUGUAAAUCUAUGGAGUAUUGUCGAGUUAUCCAAAGGAUCGGUCCUUUUCAUAGGAGUAAUCUCCCCUGCAGAACCUUGGAUACCAACAACGCCACAGCGAGGAAGUGGGCUGGAAAAUCAUCCUGCAUAGUUUACUUCCUCUGUGUUCUUGUUGAUCGCCACACACGCUUGUCAUCCUUUGAUCUUUAAAUAGAACCUUAGAGCUGUUGUGGAAAUUGGCAUUGUUGUCUGACUGAGAGGAUUACUCUGGUUUUGAGCAUCAUGCCUGCUAGCAGCUCCGCUGGGUCGGCUUCGGCCUCGAGAAAAAAGAAAGAAGACGUGGCAGAGAAGGUCCGAGAAAUCAAGCAACGUCAACAGAACUGGUUAAAACAGAGAGAACAAACCAAACAUUCCGAUGAACUAGGAGCAAAAUCCAAAGUUCAGCAGAAUGGAAGUCAAGUGAAACUUGUUAGGCCUCAGAAAGUUCCCAGUGGAAAAAAAACUCAGCAAAAUCUGCCGGCAUCUUCAAGCAAUAUUUCUUCAAACAAAACUACUUCUGAUGUCAAGGAUAAAUUCAAACUCUGGAGGACUGCGAGAGCCCAAAGACAGCCUUCCAAAGACGAUGGAGACUUUAAUGACUGCACAAGCAUCAGAAGUGGUGCCGAAAGUGAGCUGGAGAGGCUCAUUUCACCCGAGCUGGAAACUGUGAGACAGCCGGUAGCUGAGGAGAACUUUGAUGAUUUGGCCAAUCAAAUAGCAGAACGCGUGAAAGGAGACCUUGGGCUGGAGCAGAACGGCUUGCAUUUAUCUCCGAUUCCAUCUGCAGCAUACCACACAGAUGGAGAAAGUUCAAAUGACCAUACCUGGAACUCUAGUCGUUGCAAAACCUUUACAAGAGAAGUCCCAACUUUCAAUCAUCUCGGAACUUCUGGUCUUACAAGCCACACAUGUACAGUUUGUAAAAAGCUAAUGUUAUCAUCCAGCCACAUCCCCAUGAUGGUCAUUCCUUGCGGUCACACCCUGUGCAAGUCCUGUUCUGAAGGAAGGAGCUAUUGCCCGAGCUGUGACUGCCCGGUCGUGUCUCUCACUGUCAACAUCAUGCUGCAGCAAGUUAUUCAGGAAUACCACGCCCAUCCUAAAGCAUCAAGUUCCCAUAACAACGACACUCAGGAUGAAAUUACAGUCGACAUUGUCUCCCCCGGUGGAAGGAACUACUCCCCAGGGAAAUAUGUAGAAGACAACAGAAGGAACAGGAUGGCCUCCUACAAGAAGCAACUGGUGUCUUUGCAGACGAGGCAUGAAGUCCUGUCAAACGAACAUGACUCUUUAUCGGAGAAGAGGGAGAAAGUGAAUAAAAGCUUGCAUCAUGAGCAAACUCAAGUUCAAAACAUUCGCAAGCAAGAAGAGGAAGUGAGUCGAAGCAUCUCCGAGCUACAAGAGCGGCUUGGAGCACUACAGGAGCACAGGCAACAGUAUGAAGUCAAAGUGAGUGAGCUGCAGGACGAGAGCAGUGAAGUAGAUGGGAAAGUGCACCUACUGUCAAGUACUCUGGCUUCUCUUAAUAGGGAAAUUGAAAAGGUGAAGCUUCUCGCUGAGGGAGAAGCCGACAACUGAGUCAUGUUUCGGCCGUACCUGUGAGAAAACAGCUGAGACUGUCAAGUCGAGGAGCUUUGCUGUGCUUCAUUACAUGAGGUUGUACUUGAUGAAGCCCACGCGGGACACUCACUGUUAAAAAACAGUCCGAAGACGACAAAGCAGUUUUUGGGACUCCUAAAUAGACUUCAAGGUCUUGAAUAUCUAGAUCUCUCUUCCAAAAUUGAGGGCAAACAAGGCAGGAGUAGGCCCAGAGCAACCUACUUAGAGGACCUAAUCAAAUGGGUAGAAGGGAAAGAUCAGAUUACUGUAGUUUUUUUAACCCUAUCCGUACGUCAUGUUUUACUAUCGUAUCCAUACGAUGUGGGGAGCUCUGUGCC